CUGACAGAAGAGUGUACGCUAUCAUUGGGAAACUGCUUGUGGGACGGGUAAAAAAUGAAAGCUCCCAUUCCUCUUCUGAUCCUGCUUCAUGCUGUUGUGGUCCAUUGCCUGAAAGUGGUGUCGAAGAGAGGCUCGGUGGAAGGCUGCACAGAUUGGUCGGUGGACUACCUGAAAUACAAAGUGCUUCUGGGGGAACCUGUACGGAUUAAGUGCGCUUUAUUCUAUGGAUAUAUCCGGGCCAACUACACCCAUGCGCAGAGCGCAGGACUCAGCCUUAUGUGGUACAAAAGUGCAGGACACGGGGACUUUGAGGAACCCAUCAGUUUUGACGGCGCAAGGAUGAGCAAAGAGGAGGAUGCCAUAUGGUUUCGACCAGCGGAGUUGGACGAUGUGGGGUACUAUUCCUGUGUAUUAAGGAACUCAACGUACUGCAUGAAGGUGUCCAUGUCUCUCACUGUGGCGGAGAAUGACACAGACCUCUGCUACAACUCCAAAAUGAGGUUCUUUGAGAAGGCAGAACUAAGCAAAAGCAAAGACAUCACCUGCCCAGGCAUUGAGGAUUAUAUACAGCCGGGAGUGGAGCCUGAGAUUGUGUGGUACAAGGAGUGCAAGCCAAAGCAGUGGAGACAAACCAUAGAAAGGAGGAGGGACACUCUGUCCAUCAAGGAAGUACGGGAAGACGACAUUGGGAAUUACACCUGCGAACUGCAGUUUGGGAACUUCGUGGUGCGGAGGACUACUGAGCUGUCCGUCACAGCCCCGCUAACAGACAAGCCGCCAAAAAUCCUUUCCCCUUCAGAGAGCCAAAUGAGCAUCAUAGAGAUGGCAAUAGGAAGUCCCGUCAACCUGACGUGCAGAGCGUUCUUUGGAUACAGCGGAGAUGUCAGUCCACUUAUCUACUGGAUGAAGGGGGAGAAGUUCAUCGAGGAUCUGGAUGAGGAGCGGGUUCAGGAGAGCGACAUCAAGACAAUCCGGGAGCACCUAGGGGAGCAGGAGGUUUCCAUCUCCCUGACCAUCGACUCUCUGGAGGAGAGCGAUCUCGGCAACUACUCCUGCUAUGUGGAGAACGGCAACGGACGGAGACAAGCCAACAUCCAACUCACCAAGAAAGCAGAGCUGAUGUACACGGUGGAGCUGGCCGGAGGUCUGGGAGCCAUCCUGAUGCUGCUGAUCUGUCUGGUGACGCUGUACAAGUGCUACAGGAUCGAGCUCAUGCUCUUCUACAGGAACCACUUUGGCAGUGAGGAUAUAGAUGGAGAUAACAAGGACUAUGAUGCUUACCUGUCCUACACCAAAGUGGACCCAGACCAGUGGAGCCAGGAGACCCGAGAGGAGGAGCGCUUUGCCCUGGAGAUCCUCCCUGACGUGUUGGAGAAGCAUUAUGGGUAUAAACUCUUCAUUCCAGACAGGGACUUGAUCCCCACAGGAACCUACAUCGAGGAUGUAGCUCGCUGUGUGGACCAGAGCAAGCGCCUCAUCAUUGUCAUGACGCCCAGCUAUGUGGUGCGGAGGGGGUGGAGCAUCUUUGAGCUGGAGACGCGGCUGCGCAACAUGUUGGUGACCGGCGAGAUUAAGGUUAUCCUGAUCGAGUGCGCCGAGCUGCGCGGCAUCAUGAACUACCAGGAGGUGGAGGCCCUCAAACACACCAUCAAGAUGCUGACGGUCAUCAAGUGGCGCGGGCCGUCCAGCAACAAGCUCAACUCCAAGUUCUGGAAGCAGCUGCUCUACGAGAUGCCCUUCAAGCGCAUGGAGCCCCUGAGCAUCUCCCACGAGCAGGUGCUGGAUGUCAGCGAGCAGGGCCCCUUCGGCGAGCUCCAGACCGUCUCAGCCAUCUCCAUGGCAGCAGCCACCUCCACCGCCAUGGCGACGGCACACCCGGACUUGCGCUCGACCUUCCACAACUCAUGCCACACUCAGAUGAGGCAGAAACACUAUUACCGUAGCUACGACUACGACCUGCCGCCCGGCGGCACACUCCCACCGCUCUCCUCUCUAGGAAACCAGCACACCUACUGCAACAUCCCCAUGACGCUCAUCAACGGACAACGGCCGCAGUCCAAGUCGCCGCGCCAGCAGAGUCUGGAGGAGGCUCACGGCAACAACGCUAUGCUGCCUCUACUGCCCAGAGAGACCAGUAUAUCCAGCGUCAUCUGGUGACAGAGACGGUGCUGGGCGGGGUAGACCGGGGAUCUACAUGAUGUCCGUCACGAGAGGGACUCACCACUGGCACUUGGACUCUGAACGCACCGGAGCCAGAUGAACCUGAAUGGCACUAAGCUACUUGCUGCUGUUGAAU